AUGAGUCUCACGCCUGUUCAAUAUGGGUUGUUAUUUUUGAAUUUGCUUUACCGAUUAUACUCUGGGUUAUAUAUGAUAAUUGCUGAUUGCGAUGAAACGUUCAAUUAUUGGGAGCCGUUGAAUUUGCUACUUCGAAAUUUUGGGAAGCAAACAUGGGAAUACUCCCCCGAGUACAAAAUCCGUUCAUAUGCUUAUCUCAUUCCGUACUUUAUUCUUGGAAAGGUGUGUCAACUUUUUGAUUUUCAACCAGCAACAGUCUUCUUCAUUAUUCGUACUUUGGGGAUAGUUGGAUUCACGUGUUACUGUGAGUGGAAAUUGUUCUGUUCGCUCCGACGUUAUUCAGCAUCUAUUGCCAAUUGGUUCCUAUUGUUGAACACUAUUGCACCCGGUAUGAGUCACGCAGGAGUGGCAUUAUUGCCUUCGUCAUUGGCUAUGCAAACCACGAUGUUGGCCAACUCCUUUAUUCUUGAAGCGAUCAAAUCAAAGAACCACCAGGAAAAACAAACCAGCAUAUUAAGGGCAACAUUUUGGUACUUUAUUGGUGGAAUAUUAGGAUGGCCAUUUGCGUUGGCUUUGGGAUUACCAGUUGGAUUUUACACCAUUUAUCAAUCAGUUGUUAUCGGCAAUCUUCCAUUGACAGCUUUGUUUCGAGUUUUAUCUGUUUUAUUGACUGUUGUUGUACCUAUAAUGAUAAUUGACUCGUUUUUCUACCAGAAAGUACUGUUUAUUCCGAUUAACAUUGUAUUGUACAACGUAUUUGGAGGCGAAGGGGAAGGACCUGAGAUAUUUGGUGUAGAACCCUUCAGUUACUAUAUUAUGAACCUUCUUCUUAAUUUCAAUGCUAUUUUCCCAUUGGCUGUUAUAGGGGUAUUUUGGAAUCCAAUACUAACCCAUGUUAAAGCGUUUUCAAGUUUCGUUUCCUUACAGUUGGUCAUUUGGUUUGGAAUUUUCUUUGCCCAGCCACACAAGGAAGAACGAUUUUUGUAUCCUGUUUAUUCCUUGAUCACAUUACUGGCAGCAAUACUAUUGAGCAAAUUAACUAUUGGGUUGAAAAAUUUUGCCCUGAAGCCAAUCUACCGCGUAUUUCAGCUAGGAUUUAUUUUAUCUAUUGUCGUUGUGUCCAGUUUAAGGAUUUUGAAUUUGGUCGAGAAUUAUGGUGCACCAUUGCAAACAUUCAACACAGUUGCCCAACUAGAGGACUUGGGCCAAUCAUUGCAGUCUCCAAUAAAUGUGUGCAUGGGGAAAGAAUGGUACCAUUUCCCUGCAUCUUUCUUUUUACCGGAUUCCUAUCGAUUACGAUUUGUUGACAGUGGCUUUGAUGGCUUAUUACCUGGAGAUUUUUUUGAGCUGACGAAUGUCAUUGAUUCCACUACAUUUAUUCCCAAAAACAUGAACAAUAAGAACCAAUUUGAAAAGGAUAAGGUAAUUGACCUUGAACAUUGCCAUUAUUAUGUUGAUAAUUCACAACUCAACAGUUACCCACAAUUAGUCUAUCCAAACUUGUCUACAACUGGUAAAUGGGAGGUAAUCACAUGUAAUAAAAUGUUAGAUCCAAAUGAGAAGCAUAGCACAAUUGGAAAGUUAUUGUAUGUUCCUACGUGGCUAAGAGGGAUAAUUCCGUAUGAUGUUGGGUAUAUGGAGUUUUGUCUUUUGAAAAAACAAGACAUAGAAGAUACAGUGUAA